GCCAUGCAAGGGGCGGGACCGGAGCGAGCGCCGCCUGCGAUUGGACGAGAAGGCGAGUGUCCGGGAGGAAAGUUCCCCAAGUUGGACGAGAAGAGGCAGACGCGUGUUUGAGUUUCUGAGUCACACCGAAGGAAGCGACGCUCCACGGAGACAGGAAAAGCCUCCAGGGGGUCAUGUCUGGCAGCAACAGUGCGAACAGCAGCUGGACCGUCCUCGCUUCUGAGGAGACUGUCGCUGAAACCCUGAAGCCUCUGGCAGAGGAAAAAGAGAAUCAUGAAGAAAGUCUUACAUCUGCAGCAGAGCCAGAAUCUGGAGCAAAUCAGGCUGCAAGAGGUGAAGCAUCCGCUGAGGGCUCCCCUGUGGAGGAACACCUGGUGUCAGGAGAAAGAACAGUGGAGCUAAUUGGAGACACAAGCACAGAGCAACACACCUCCGUGCCGCCUGCCCUCAGCGAUGCCGCGGUUCCAGCUUCAUUGGAAGACUCCGGCACCUCUGUUCCAGGCAGCGAUGCCCUCGACCACUCUCAGGGCCCAACCGAGGGCCCAGCACCAUCCAGCUCUGACCCUGAUUCUUUCUGUGACUCCUACACCCACAUAACCCCCUCCCCUGAUGAGCCCCCAGCCUCACUGCUGACAACAGAGACUCUGGGAGGGGGCGAGUUUACACAAGAACAAGAAGAAGAGAGGCUCGCAGAGGAAGGAACGGUGCACCACAUCAAUCGUGUGGAGAUACAACAGGAAGAUGAGUCAGACCUGUCUCCAAGAACGAGUGACUUAGGGAAACAGGCAGUGUCCUUGGUGGAACAGCUGGUUAUGGACUUGUUCAGUAUCUGGGCCAAGAGGUUGUCUGGAGGGGCUGUGGUCGACUCCCCCGUGGAUUCCGAGGUGGGUGAGGAGAGGACUGAGAGGAAGGAAGAGGAGGCAGAGCCAGAGGUGAGGAGGAGGCGGACGUCUCUCUUAGCGGCUCUGGACCGAGUCGGUAGGACAGAGGAGGAAGAGGAAAGAGAGGAAGAGUUUCAGGUGCCGCAGCGAGACGACGACAGCGGAUUCUCUGUGAACAAGUGCAUGCUUGGUGCCAUCAUCCUGUUAGGCCUCGGCACCAUCUUUUUCUCUGGUUUCUUCAUGGACUUGGAUGAGGAGAGUGACUAUGGGACAAGGGAGCUGAAAGAUUCAGAAGCUCCAGGAAAACAGGAGUGGCUUAAUCCAGAGGUUCCUCCACCUCCAGUAGAUGCUGACAGUACAGAGCUGCUAAAUAAGUUGGCUGAAGAGAACCAACAGAUUUCUUUGCUACAAGCCCAAUUUCAGGCAGAGCAAGAAGAGCUAAAAGUGGCCAAGGGACAGGCAGCAGAGGGAGCAACGGAGCGUCUGCAGUGGGAGGAGGUGGAGAAGGAACACAGUAGGUUGAAGACAGAGAUGGCAUCUUUCCCUGUUCUUCAGAAAGAGAAUGAGAGGAUGAAGAGAGAGCUGGAGUCUGUCUUGGCCCUACAGAAAGAACUAGAAACACUGAGAUCGACUGGGACUGAAUUAAAACGCUCCCCAGAAGCCACUGAAGCCGCUCAAGCACCUGUGCAGUCCACAACAUCGCCCUCAAGUGGUCAGCCCGAGGAAAGCAGGCAGGAAACAACUAAAGCGAGAGAGGACAGGAAACCAUUGAAGGACCAGAAAGAGAAGAAGACGGAUUGGAAGAAGGAGAAAUAUGACACUGGUGAAAAGAAGGAGUGGAAAGAGAGAGAAAAAUUUGAAUUGAAGGAAGGAGAGAACAAAGAGCGCAAAGAUGGAGGUAAAACGGAAUGGAAAAAGGGAAAACACGAGCAGGGAAAGUCUGACAAGGUGAAAGAUAAGGAAGUUAAACAGGAGAGGCACAGCGAUGUAACGAAACAAUACAAGGAGAAGAAUAAGAAGAAAGAAAAGGUGAGCCGAGGUGAUGAAGGAAAGUCAUGGAAGGUUAGCGAAGGGAAUAAGGAAUGGAUAGAGAUGAGUGAGAGAAAAAAUCUGAAGGAAGUGAAAGAUUGGAAAAAGGCAAAGCAUGACAAAGUGAAUGAGGGUAAGCAAGAGAAGAAGGAUCGGAAGAGGGGAAAGGACCAGGGAGAGAAGCACAAGGGGAGGGAAGAAUGGAAUGGAGAGAAGGAGUGGAAGAAAGGGAAAGAUGGCUUCAAGGAAAGUGGCAAAGACAAAUGGGAGAUGAAGGAUGGGAAAGAGAAAAGUGAGAAGAAAGAGUGGAAGAAAGAUGGUGAGUGGAGGGCUAAAAAUGGCAAAGAAGGGAGAAGAAAAGAUGAAAGGAAACAGUGGGAAAAAAGGGAAAAUCAUGGUAAGGACAUGAAAAUGAAGAAUGAAAAGAAACAGUGGAAAGAGAAUGAGUGGAAGGGUAAAGAUGAUAAGGAAUGGAAGAAGAACGAUGAGAAGAAGCAGCGGGAAAAGGAGGGAGAAUGGAAGAGAGGGCAGAAAGAGAAAGAUCAGAAUUAUGACAGGAAGAAAGUCAAAUCGAGCUCUCACAGAAACGAAGAUGAACACCACCAUGGCGAGCGUGUGCAGGGAGAGGGGAAGGCCCCCCACACACACCGCAGCCCCACCCUUGAACAACCUGAGUACUGGGUCCAGCAGAGAGACCGGCUCCAGCACAAGACCAAACCACCACAGAACUGCAACUCAUUGGAGACCUGCGCUCAGAGUGAGGGGCUACUUCCUGUCCCCCUCCCCGAGUUUGAAGCCAUCCUCCAAACUUACCUAGCCAAGGCGGAAGAGGCGGGAGUGGAUGCUUCCAAAAUAGAGGAGCUCAGAAAGCUGGCUCCAGAGUUCUUCAAGGAUGGAGUCUUUGCUCACGACCAGAUGAGCUUUCAAGAAUUUGUGGAGGACGUGGGGGAUAUUCUGGAAGAUAUGGUGGAAGAGGAUGAGAACGGGUAUGAUAACGGGUAUGAUACGGACAGCGAGAUCGAGGAAGAAAUGGAGGAGUUCGAAAGAGACGUGAUAAAAAAGUUUUCAGUGCCGAAAGCUGCAGAGAAAGUGGAGGGAAUCCAAAGGGAGAAACGGAAGGAGAACGGACGAGGACGUGGCUGAAAUGGGGGGGGGGGAUUGAUGGAUCGGUUAAAGCAGCAAAGAGGAGCAGUGACGGAUGAGGUUAUUCAAAGGGAACAUUUGUUUUUGGACCACAAAAGCUUAUAAAGGAUGCAUUAAUCGUCCUUUCCUUUUUUUCAGAGGAUCUUAUAUUAUUACCUCUGCGUGUUGUUUCAGUGGCGUUUCAACUUACAGUUUAAUUUCACUGUUUUGGGGAAAGCUUUUUAUUUCACCUGCACACAUGCACACAGCAGAAGAGAAAUGGCUAACUUAUAGAUCAUAAGAUUUGUUUUGGGACGGACGUAAGAGAGAGUGGAAGAGGCUGAAAGCCCAAAUCUAGUGUCUUAGUUUUAUCACUGACUGACCACCAAUGUUAUUUUCUUCCUUGUCUGAAUCCUGUUAGAUUGACCUGCUUUGACUCAUCUCUGUAAUAACCACUUGUCGUCCUAGUCACACAUUACACAUCUUCCUCUGCAAACAGAUCCGUGCACUGUUCAUGUCUUCACUUAUCACUUCCUACAGUACGUCAUCUUUAUGUUGUCAUUUCUUAAGCCUCUCUCCUGACAGAUUUAAAGAAUGAAGUUUUGUUAUAUAGAGUGGAGGGAGUGUGAACUGCUGAAAUGGUUUGAUGAUUAUUUUACGUGAAAUUAGAGAGAAUCUGCUUUGAUUUUGGAUUUGAAUGUUAUGUACAUAUUGCUUUAAAUGUCUUAAAACUAUGCAGAUAGAGUUAACUUAUUUUAUAGAAGCAGGCUUGAUAUAAGUGAAAUAAAACAAUUGUCAGGCACUUAAAAUAUUGACAUGUUGAGCAUCUAUGUUUCUUUUCAGGUACGGAACUUGUGUUGUGCACUAAAAUGUUCUUAAUUAUUGUUUUAUUUUGAAUGUAACAUUUGUUCUUGAUUAGGUUGUCAAGGCUCUUAAAUCAUGGGAAAUGGAUUUCGGGAAAUUUCACUCUGACAAUAGAGUUCAGAUUUAUAACUUAUGAAGUGUUGUUAAUUCAAGGCCCUACAGCCGCACACAGAUUAUUAACUAUGCAGAACCACAGAUUGUGUCGGCUUUUUGGCAGCAUAAGACUUUGUAUGUUUGAAUGUCCAUUUUUUGCCAAUAUUAUUGUUAUAAGAGCAGAAUAAUAAAUUUGGUACAUCCAUUUGAUGAAGAA